GUACUUUUACUAGUAGCAUAUAUAUUCACGAGCAACCAUUCUCGUGAUUAUUAGCUCUAUUCUCAACUCACUUAUUUAUUAUUUAUUAUUUAGUUUUAGUUUAUUCUUCAUAAAAAUCCCUGCACAUAAUUGGGUUUACAAGAUAAUUAUAUAAAAAUGGAAGCUUGCAUAUUUUCUUGCUGAAUUUCUGGGCUUUUCUUGAAUUUCUUGUAUCUAAUUAAGGAGAAUGUCACGGCCACUCCAUCGCGGUUUUUCGGGUGGGGGUAGGCUUUCGGGGAAUAUUCAAGAUUUCUUGGAUGAUUCUCAGAGGAAAGUGAAACCAGAAAAAGAAGAUUUUGAGAAAAAUAGAUUAUCCCCUGAUCAUUUAUCUUCGUGGAAUCCGUUUAAGUUUUGGGAUUUAAUUAGUUCACCAUCAAAACAAAGUGUUUCUGAGAACGGGUUUAGUGUUCAUGAUUCAUACAGCCCUGUAACUAAACGUAAUAGAUAUAAGCUGACUUUAUUUUUGCUUAAGCUAAGUUUGUUUGUGAUUGUAAUUCUUGCACUCACUGGGUCGUUAUGGUGGACAUUAACGUUCACAACUGCUUCUAGAGGCAACACGUUUCGUGGGUAUAGACGGCUUCAAGAACAGCUUGUGUCGGAUUUGUGGGAUAUUGGAGAACUCUCACUUGGUGCUUCCAAAACAAAAGAAUCGGAAUUCUGUUCUGUUGAGUUUGAAAAUUACGUACCCUGCUUCAAUAUAACUGAAAAUCUUGAACUAGGUUUCAGUGAAGGUCAAGAUCUAGACCGCCAUUGUGGGCCCACGUCGAAGCAGAAUUGUUUAGUUUUUGCUCCUUCAGGAUACAAAAUUCCCCAUAGAUGGCCUACUGGAAAAGAUGUUAUUUGGAUUGAUAAUGUUAAAAUAAACGCAAAGGAGGUGCUUUCGUCUGGAACUUUGACAAGGAGGAUGAUGUUAUUAGAUGAUGACCAGAUUUCAUUUAGUUUUUCUGCUUCUAUGGUUGAUGAUAGUAUUGAAGACUAUUCACAUCAGAUCGCCGAAAUGAUUGGUUUAAGAAAUGAUUCUUACCUUGUACAAGCUGGAGUGAGAACGGUAUUGGAUAUAGGCUGUGGUUUUGGUAGCUUAGGAGCACAUUUCUAUCAGAAACAACUUUUGACUAUGUGUAUAGCGAAUUACGAGUCUUCAGGAAGUCAAGUUGAGAUAACUCUUGAAAGAGGUUUACCAGCAAUGGUUGGUUCUUUUACUUCAAAGAAAUUGCCAUUUCCGUCACUUUCCUUUGACAUGGUACAUAGUGCCUGGGAUGGGAUUGACUGGAGUCUUAAAGAGGGUAUGCAUUUAAUUGAGGUUGAUCGAGUUCUUAGGCCCGGAGGAUACUUUGUUUGGACCUCACCAUUUGCUAACACACCAGCUUCUGUUAAAAAGAAGGAUAACUUGAAAAAAUGGGAUUUUGUGCGUAAUUUUGCUAAAGAUCUCUGCUGGGAUAUGUUGUCACAACAAGACAAAACAGUUGUGUGGAAGAAGCCUAGUAAUAAAGAUUUUUAUGCUUCAAGGAUUCAAGGAUCUGGUCCUCCUCUCUGCAAAGUAGGCCAUGACAUUGAAUCCCCAUAUUAUCAUCCGCUUGAAGCAUGCAUUGGAGGAACUCAUAGUCGCCGGUGGAUUUCAAUUGAGAAAAGACCAACAUGGCCUUCUAGAGACAGAUUGAACUCCAAGGAACUUGCUGUUCAUGGUGUAUUUUCUGAUGAUCUUGUCGAAGAUGAUCUUAACUGGAAAUCAGCAGUCAGAAACUAUUGGUCUUUACUGUCUCCACUCAUAUUCUCAGAUCAUCCAAAGAGACCUGGUAUUGAGGAUCCAGUCCCACCUUAUAACAUGGUCAGAAAUGUUUUGGACAUGAAUGCCCAUUUUGGUGGUUUUACUUCUGCCUUACUGGAAGCUGGGAAAUCUGUAUGGGUCAUGAAUGUGGUUCCCACCAGUGGGCCCAACCAUCUUCCACUUAUUCUAGACCGAGGAUUUCUUGGGGUGCUGCAUGAUUGGUGUGAACCAUUCCCCACGUAUCCUAGGACUUAUGAUUUGGUGCAUGCAGAAGGCCUUCUAUCACUUGAAACUGCAAAACAGCGUCGUUGCAGCAUGCUGGAUGUGUUCUUUGAAAUAGACCGCAUACUCCGCCCUGAGGGUUGGGUGAUACUACGCGACACGGCUUCUCUAAUCGAAACAACAAGAACAAUUACUGCAAGAUUAAAAUGGGAAGCACGAGUUGUAGACAUUGAGAGCAACAGUGAUGAAAAACUCCUUGUCUGCCAAAAACCAUUGAUAAAGAGAAAAUCAAACCCGUCAUGAAGAAACCAGUUUCUUGAUCUUGGAACAUUUACGUAUAAGAGUGAACAUUUUACUAUACAAAGAGAAAGAGGGUUCAGCUGUAAACUGCAGAAGGACCAAAAGCAAUUCCCGUGGGAGCUGUAAGGCAAACGCGGGACCAAUGUAAGUACAUGACGAUUUAUAGGUGGGAGAUUUUUACACUUUUUCUUGCUUGUGUCAUUAUAAACUAUAGAAAGCAUACGAUGAAUUAAAUUAUCAAGAUGGUUAUAGAAAUAAGCAGAAGUUAGCGCUAAUGUGAAAUGUAUACGAAGGCUUGGGUGAUGAAGGAAAUAUUGCGUUUUGUUCA